AUUUUUCAAUUUCCCAGCGCAUCCCAAAUUUUGUUGGCUAACCGACGUCACACGUUUGACAGGUCGAGUGCGCUAUGCCGAUGGCUGUCUUACCUGCACCGUCAGCAAUCCUGCAGCGUCUGUAUGCUGCGCCGGAUCCGGCAAGCUGCCAUGCUGCUGGCGCAGAAUUAGCAGAUUUUGUGCAGGAGACUGGCCUGCACUCGCUUGCGGACCAUGACAUCCUCAACGAGCUCCUACGAGCUAGCAAGAGUAAAAGCGGUUUCGAGCGCGAGUCUGCUAUGGUCGGCUUCGAAGAGAUUUUCAGGCGGACCCAGCCUGGCGCAGAGGCCUACUAUCUACCUUUGCUGCCCGAGAUACUCGCGAUGUACGCAGAGACCGGCAAGGGCGAAGUCGUCAAAGAUGCUGCCGAGCGCGCAGCCAAGGCGUUUGUCGCUCUUCCUCCGCCUGAACAAUGCAUAAAGGUCAUCGACACUCUUUUCAACAUCGUAGACAGCAACGGCAAGUGGCGCGUCAAGGCUGGUGCAUUAGACGUCCUUGCGCUUGUCGUAGAGCGCUGCAAGGAUCAAGUAUCGGAAAGACUGGGCACGAUCAUCCCACGCCUCACGCAUCACCUGCAAGAUACCAAGCCUGAAGUUGCUCAGGCAGCCACACGUGCGACUGAAAAAGUCUGCUCAGUCCUGUCCAAUCCAGACGUCAUUCCGUUCAUUCCGAUCCUUGUAUCCUGCAUGGCGCGCCCAGAUACGGUACCCGAAGGCAUCAACAAGCUCUCUGCCAACGUAUGGGUACGCGAUGUCGACGCGCCCACACUUGCAAUCCUCGUGCCUCUGCUAAUCCGUGCACUCAACGAUCGUAGUGCAACUGUGCAACGCCAGACGGUCAUCCUCAUUGGCAAUUUGUUCAAGCUCGUCAGGUCGUUCGAGCUUGCUGCUCAUCAUGUGCCUCAUCUUCUGCCGGGAGUGAGCAAGAUUGCAGAGACCGCUGCUUUCCCAGAGGUCCGCGCAUUUGGCAGAGACGCCAAGCAAAGUAUGCUUGCUGCCUCCGCUGGUGUCGAGACCGAGGCUGCGGAAGAGGCACUCGAUCCCAGCCCAGAUGACGAAAAGACGUCAGUGAGCCUUCUCGUCGAGCUUUUCACAAAGCAAACCGGCGCUGCACCCGACGCAUUUGUUCAGACAACCCUUUCAUAUGUCUCGCAUGCCGUCUCGGUACUUGUCAAGAAGCGUGAUUUUGACGACAAGCAAUGGCAGGACGUCUACGUCGCUCCGUAUCUGGCUCGGUUCAUGUCUUCAACACAGGCGCAGAGCGUUUGCAAGGAAGCCAACCGCCAAUGGGUCGAGAUCGACCUGAAGCGCAACGCAUCCGAUCUCGAAGACGACGAUGGUGCGGAUGGAGAGCUACUGACAAACAUUCAGUUUUCGCUUGCCUACGGUGGGCUGCUUCUGCUCAACCAUACAGUCCUCAAGCUUCGUCGCGGUCAUCGAUAUGGCGUCUGCGGCACGAAUGGCUGCGGCAAGUCGACCUUGCUGAAAGCCAUCAACCGCCACCAGGUCGAAAACUGGCCAGAGUCGCUUUCCACCUUCUACGUCGAGCACGACAUCGACGGCGAAGAGAGCGAAGCAAAUUUGUUCGAAUUCUUGUGCAACGAUCGCUUUGUCAAGGCGACUGGCGCUUCUCCCGACAAGGUCAAGAAGUUCAUGUUCGAGACUGGUUUCGACGAGAACAGACAGGCUCAGACCGUGCAAGCUUUAUCGGGUGGAUGGAAGAUGCGACUGGCACUUGCGCGUGCCAUGAUUUGCGAGGCCGAUGUGUUGCUGCUCGACGAGCCUACAAACCAUCUCGAUCGCGCAUCCAUCGAAUGGCUGCAAGGCUAUCUCAAUGCCCUCACGCAUGUUACUGUGCUUGUCGUCUCACACGAUUCUGGAUUCCUCGAUGCCAUCUGUACUGAUAUUAUUCACUACGAGAAGAAGCGUCUGGUCUACUAUAAGGGCAAUCUUGCCAAGUUUGUCGACCAACAUCCAGCUGCAAAGAGCUACUACACUUUAUCAGCCUCGCUGAUCAAGUUCUCCUUCCCGCCCCCUGGAGGUCUCAUGGGUGUACGAUCAAAGACGAGAGCGAUCGUGAAGAUGACGGAUGUCACGUUCACCUACCCCGGAGCGCCGAAGCCAUCGCUGUACAACGCCUCGUGUGCAGUCACUCUGUCCUCUCGUGUCGGUGUCGUUGGACCUAAUGGAGCUGGCAAAUCGACGCUCAUCAAGGUCCUGACGGGCGAGACAAUUCCUGACUCUGGCAGAGUCGAGAAGCACCCCAAUCUGCGUAUUGCCAUGGUCGCUCAGCAUGCCUUUGCGCACAUCGAGCAGCAUCUGACCCGGACUGCUGUCGACUAUAUCAGAUGGAGAUAUCAAGAUGGUCACGAUCGCGAGCUCGCUGCGACCGCAUCUCGCAAGCUAUCAGCCGAAGAGAAGAAGAUCCUUGAGACGCCCAUCAAGGCGUCUACCGGCGAGGAGAGGAGAGUGGAAAUGAUCAUCGGCCGACAGAAGCUCAAGAAGUCUUUCACCUACGAGCUCAAAUGGAAGGGACUUGACCACAGAUUCAACAAUUGGAUCCCUCGCGAGCGUCUCUUUGAGCUCGGCUUCAGUAAGAUCGUUCAGCAAUUUGACGACUUUGAAGCCUCCCGGGAAGGCUCUGGCUCCCGUGAGCUCACCGGGCCUGCGAUCCGAAAGCAUCUGGAAGACAUCGGCCUGGAUGGCGAUAUCGCGCAAUACAAUGAGCUCAAGGGCUUGUCUGGCGGACAAAAGGUCAAGGUCGUCAUCGCGGCAGCCCUGUGGGCCAAACCCCAGCUGCUCAUCUUGGACGAGCCGACGAACUUCCUGGAUCGCGAUGCGCUUGGUGGUCUGGCUGUCGCCAUUCGCGAAUGGGAUGGCGCAUUCGUAUGCAUCUCCCACAACACCGAGUUCGUCGGGGCCCUGUGUCCAGAGAUCUGGAAUGUCGAGGGCGGUAAGCUCAUUCACAAGGGCAAGGCUGCUAUCGUGGACGAUGCAUUCGACGACAGUAAGGAGAACACGCCUCGGUCGUCUCGCUUCAGCAGCCGUGUGACGAGCAGGGUCGCAAGCGCCACCAAUUCAGCUUCAAACAGCGCUACGCCAUCUCGUGCAAACUCGGGCGAUGAGGCCGCUCCGAACGGAGCAGAUGCCUCUAUUCCGAUGCCCGUCGUCAAGAAGAAGAAGCUCACUCGAAAGCAGCAGAAGGAGCGCGAAGUACGUACGGUACAUGGCCAAGUUGGCAUAUGCUCAUGUUGCGUGCAGGAACGUCGCCGUUUGCGAACGGUCGCCUGGCUGUCCAACAGUAGAGAGGGCGCGACUCGAGAGCCCGAUACAGAUUCUGACUAGAUGUCUGUGCAGCAGUCUUGUAUGUCCCUGUAACAACUCAUAGAUGCACCUGAUUGGAUUCGCGAACAAGGCGCCGGCUCGUUUCGUGACUGUCGAUCGUCGAUCACGAGUUGCCGAACUUGCCCGCGAACCUGAGCUGAAAAGGCCGGUCGAGUGUCACGCGCAACGUCACUCGCCGGUACAGCGACAUAGCCUUGCCGCAGGCAGCAUGUCGACAGCGUCUACGGGCGGUCCCAAGGGC